AUGUAUGUUAUGGAGACACGCCGUGCCUCCAUGACGCACGGAGACACGGAACGUGUCUCCGUGUCUCACGGAAUGAUGUUGGAGGAUCAGGUGGCGUAUUUGCUACAUAGGUAUUUGGGGAACUAUAUCAGAGGACGCAAUAAAGAAGCCCUAAAAAUCAGUGUCUGGCGAGUCUACGUCGAUAUUUUGACAUUGGAAUCCAAUACGGAGAGGCUUGCGAGAAGAGGAUUACCACAGAAUAGCAAGAUUGUGGCUACUUACACUAACAGUCCAGAUGUUCUCCUUUGGGAUGUUGAAAGUCAGCCUAAUCGGCACCCUGUUUUAGGUGCCUCAGCAUCCUGUCCAGAUCUGGUACUUACUGGUCACCAAGAUAAUGCUGAAUUUGCACUUGCCAUGUGCCCAGCAGAACCUUUUGUGCUAUCUGGAGCAUCUGAUUACGUUACCGGAGAAUUAAAUUUCCGACUCUAUGCGCCCUACUCAAUGUUACCGACAAUGACUGUGCAAGAGCAUCAAGGAAAUGAUAAAUCGUGUGUGUGGCAUGUUGCGGAUUUUGCAGAUGGAGCGUUGAAGGAGGAGACUUUUGCUAUUUGGUUUGCCUCCGUGGAAAAUUGCAAAUCUUUCAAAGAUAAGAUUGAAGAAAUCACUGAAUCUCUAGCAAAAAAAACUGGGGAUAGUGAAGAAGACACUACUGCUGCCAACCUAUAG